AUGGGCAUCCUCUCGCUGCCGGACCUCACUCAGGGCAACCCCUACGCCCGCAUCUACGCCACCUUCCACGCCGCGCUCAGCCCGACGCCGACACCGGGCUUCGCCACGCGCCUCUACGUCCUGUGGGCACUCGCCGGAUAUGGCAUCGUCAUCUCGGUCGUCUACCUGUGCACGAUGAACAUCGAGUACCGCCGGCGCGAGAAGCGGUUCUGGCUCUGGCGCCUCGUCAUGCGGCCCAACGGGCGCUACAUCGUCGGCAACCAACACGCCCUGUUCGCCAUACUCACCUUCAUCAGCUGCGCCGUCGCCAUCGGCUACUUCUACAACCUGCACCAGGUCGUCCUCGUCGGCCGGGCCCAGGACGAGUCGUUCUUGUGGCGCAACCUCAUCUGGGUCCCCCUCAUCCUGCACGCCUGGAUCUCGUCGUGGAGCAACCUGCAGGCGUCCGUCCUGUCGACGCAAAAAGCGACAAAACGGCAUCUGGUCUGUCCGCUCGUCGCGAACACGCUCUACAGCGCCGGCCUGGUCAUCAUCCUCGUCCCUGUCAUUGUUCUCGACGUCUACUCGGGCUUGGCGUGGCACCGAGCCUGGAACUUUGGCCUCAAGCUGCGCGCUCUCGUCCUCGCGCGCAUGGUGUCCAACCCGAACGACACGCCGAGCGAGGUCGAGGCCGUCGUCAUGCCGCUCCUCGACCCGUUCAACGACAAGCUCGGCUUCUGCAUCGACCUUAUCCAAGCAAAUCACGCCGUCUACGCCGCCGUCAUGGUCAUCAUCAUCGCCGUCAACCUGGGAGGGCUCGGGCUCCUCUUCACGCUUCGAGGCCAGAUUCGCUUCAAUACGGGCCGUCUCACGAGCCAGAUCCGCCAGAGCUCGAGCGUGCACGGCAUCCCGGUCCUGUCGGGCAUGCACGGCCCGUCGAGCGCAAGGGACACGUCGAGCACGUCCGGCACGCCGCCCGACUCGCCCACGACCUCGCAGCCGACGUCGACGGGCGAGCCAGCACCGGCGCAGAAGUCGGUCGUCCGCCAGGUCGUCUUUGCGCGGUCGGGGGACCGUGCGGCCGACGACGGCGAGAAGGAGGGCAAGCAGAUGUCGGUCGCGCAGCUCAAGGACGCUGCGAACGACAAGACGCCGGCAGGAGCGUCGCAGAGGCAGCAGGCCAAGCAGCUGCUCGCGCUCAAGAAGAUCGAGCUCGACCUCCUCGUUUUCCUCUCGGCCAUCGUCAUCAUCUCGACCGUCUUCCUUUCGCUCGCCCUCUGGCUCGCCAUCAACCCGAUCUCGGUCUACUCCAAGUGGAGGAGGAUGGAGGUCUCGUUCACCCUGACGAUCUGGAUGUACCUCGUCGGCGUCGACGUCGCCCUCAGCUUCCUCCUCGUCAACAGCGUCCGCCACCUCGUCUCGCCCAACUCGCGCCUGGCCCACUUCAUCGGCUGCGCGACGUCGCAGGCCGACCGCGACCGCGUGCGCGGCAGCAUCUCGGGCCUCACGACGAGCGACGAGUUCGAGACGGGCACGAUGACGGGCACCAUGACGGGCUCGAGGCCGGCUCGACUCGGCGCCGAGGGCGUGCUCGACGACCUGCGCGAGGAGGAUGAGGAGGAGCGAGGCGUGCACGUGUCGAUCGAGACGCACGUCGUCGAGGAGGAGAGCCCGGAGCGGACACCGGCCACGCGCACCUCGGCGGAAUGGCGCGUUUGAGAAGGCGGCGAGGGAUUUAGACGGGCAGUGCCGGUGUUGUACAGCUAGCUAGACCUGAAGUGGAACAUGCAGUUCUCGAUACC